AUGGGUCUUGAGAUCGAGCAGCCUUGUGUGGAGCUUUCAAACAUCGCAGUCUCUGAUACUCACGGAGAAAACUCCCCCUAUUUUGCUGGGUGGAAAGCAUACGACGAGAACCGCUAUGAUGAAUUCACUAACCCCUCCGGAGUGAUACAGAUGGGAUUGGCAGAGAAUCAAGUUUCAUUUGAUUUGGUGGAAAAGUACUUGGAACAGCACGCAGAGGCGUCAACGUGGGGAAAAGGAGCAACCGGGUUCAGAGAGAAUGCUUUGUUUCAAGACUAUCAUGGCCUCAAAUCUUUCAGAACCGCAAUGGCAAGCUUCAUGCAACAAAUAAGAGGUGGGAGGGCCAAAUUCGACCCUGAUAGAGUCGUCCUCACCGCCGGCGCCACCGCAGCAAACGAGCUCUUAACCUUCAUUCUCGCCAACCCAGGAGACGCUUUACUCGUCCCAACCCCAUACUAUCCAGGAUUUGAUAGAGACCUGCGUUGGAGAACAGGGGUAAAAAUCAUCCCAAUUCACUGUAACAGCUCAAACAAUUUCCAGAUCAGUCCCCAGGCCUUGGAGGCUGCGUAUCAACAAGCACAGUCCAUGAACACCAAAGUAAGAGGCGUCCUGAUCACGAACCCAUCAAACCCAUUAGGCGCCACAAUCCAACGGUCAGUUCUGGAGGAGAUUCUCGACUUCGUGACUCGCAAGAACAUCCACUUGGUGUCGGACGAGAUCUACUCGGGAUCGGCCUUCUCGGGUGACGAGUUCGUAAGCGUGGCUGAAAUUCUUGAAGAUCGUGAUUACAAGAACGCGGAGAGAGUUCACAUUGUCUACAGCCUCUCCAAAGACCUGGGCCUUCCGGGGUUUAGAGUUGGCACCAUUUAUUCCUACAACGACAAGGUUGUUACGACGGCUCGUAGGAUGUCCAGCUUCACCUUAAUUUCUUCGCAGACACAGCACCUGUUGGCCACCAUGCUGUCGGAUAAGGAGUUCACAGAGGGCUACAUAAAGACCAACAGAGAGAGACUGAGGAAGAGAUACGAGAUGAUCAUUGACGGGUUGAGAAGAGCCGGGAUAGAGUGCUUGAAGGGGAAUGCAGGGUUGUUUUGUUGGAUGAAUCUAAGUCCUUUGUUGGAGAAACCAACAAGAGAAGGUGAAUUGGAGCUUUGGAAUUCCAUUUUGUAUGAAGUGAGGCUAAAUAUAUCUCCGGGUUCUUCUUGCCAUUGUUCUGAACCAGGUUGGUUCAGGGUUUGUUUUGCAAAUAUGAGCGAGCAGACUCUGGAAGUAGCACUCGACAGGAUACGUAACUUCAUGGAUCAAAGAGCAACUGCAAAACCCAAGAUCCCUUUCAGGAAAAUCAUAACUGAUCAAGCUGUAAUUGAUAUGUAUUCUUGUUUGCUUGCUUAA